UGUGUGUGUGUGUGUGUGCGUGCGUGCGUGCGCCGAGAAAGGGGCUCUCCACUAACAAAAAAAGAAACCCAAACGGGAGAGAAAUUUCAAGCGCAUUUCGCGGGAUAUCCCCUUUCUACAACAGUCUGCAACGUUUUAAUAACUUAUAAUUAUUACAUAUUUUUAUUGACUUAUUUAUUAUCUUUUUUAGUUUAUGGUUUGUUUUUUACCACUCCGGGAGGGCAGAAAUGGCGGCCAACAUGUACCGGGUCGGAGAUUAUGUCUUUUUUGAGAAUUCUUCAAGCAAUCCUUAUCUGAUCCGGAGAAUAGAGGAGCUGAACAAGACGGCGAGCGGCAAUGUGGAGGCGAAGGUGGUGUGUUUCUACAGGAGAAGAGACAUCUCGCAGAGCCUCAUCCAGCUGGCAGACAAGCAUGCGAAAGACUUGGAGGAAGAGAAGGAGACGCCUACAGAGCCAGAUCUUAGUGAGAAGCAGAAACACCAGCUCCGACACAGAGAGCUUUUUCUGUCUCGCCAGUAUGAAUCGCUUCCCGCCACACACAUCAGGGGGAAGUGCAGCGUGGCCCUCCUGAAUGAGACUGAAUCAGUACUCUCCUAUCUGGACAAAGAGGAUGCCUUUUUUUACUCCUUGGUGUAUGAUCCAACACAGAAGACCCUGCUGGCAGACAAAGGGGAGAUCCGUGUGGGCCCCCGCUUUCAGGCUGAUGUCCCUGAGAUGCUACAGGAAGGGGAAGCAGAUGAAAGGGACCAGUCUAAACUGGAGGUGAAGAUGUGGGACCCAGAAUGUCCGCUGACCAAUAAGCAGAUAGACCAGUUCCUAGUGGUGGCUCGGGCUGUGGGAACCUUUGCUCGAGCUCUGGACUGCAGCAGCUCGGUCAGACAGCCCAGUUUACACAUGAGUGCUGCAGCAGCAUCGCGGGACAUCACACUGUUCCAUGCUAUGGACACUCUGCAUCGGCAUGGCUAUGAUCUUUCAAGUGCACUGAGUGUUCUGGUGCCACAGGGAGGCCCUGUGCUCUGCAGGGAUGAGAUGGAGGAGUGGAGCUCUUCAGAGGCCAACCUGUUUGAGGAAGCGUUGGAGAAAUACGGCAAGGAUUUCAACGACAUCCGGCAAGACUUUCUCCCCUGGAAGUCCCUGACUAGCAUUAUUGAGUAUUACUACAUGUGGAAAACUACAGACAGAUAUGUGCAGCAGAAGCGACUGAAGGCAGCUGAAGCGGAGAGCAAAUUGAAGCAAGUCUAUAUCCCCACAUAUAAUAAGCCAAAUCCUAAUCAGAUCUCUGUCAGCAAUGGCAAGAUGACCACCAUGAAUGGAGCAGCAGGACCGGGCGGGUACCAUGCAGCCAGUGGGGGCCGUGCAUGUGAAAGCUGUUUUGCCAUGCAGUCUCCUCAGUGGUACUCAUGGGGUCCUCCGAACAUGCAGUGUCGGCUCUGUGUCUCCUGCUGGAUGUACUGGAAAAAGUAUGGAGGCCUGAAGAUGCCAAGCCGAGCUGAGGGAACAGAGGAGAAAACGCCUCCAAGCCCUGCUUCAAUCGAGAUGCGUUCACGUGGCCAUAGCCUGCGUCAGACCUCCCACAUGGUUCCCAUGAGAAACAGCGGAAGUCCUAAAUCCUCCAUGAAGACUAAACAGGCCUUUCUGCUACAGGCCACGCGCCUUACCAAGCUGGCGCGUCACAUGUGCCGUGACCUCAUCAGGCUGCGCCGGGCUGCGCGCCGCCCCUUUGUGCCCAUUAACUGUGGCGCCAUAAAGGCGGAGUACAUGAUUCGAGUGGCAGAAGGCAUGACAGGGCGAUCCACCAAGCCCAAACCAUCCCAGAGGAGCACGCUAACCAGCGUUCUGCAGUAUCUCGAGUCACGUCCAGCACCCCAUGUCCAGCGCUCUCAUCGUACACCUGGCCUGCAGGUCCAACCGCCACGCCGGCUUCUUUCAUCUCUGCCAAGCCAUGGUCCACUUGGCAUGCUGGGAAAACGCAGUUACCACCAUAGUAGCAGGAUGGACUCGGAGAGAAGAGCAAACGCACCAGGACAAGAAAAUCAGGGACACAUUGUGGGUCCUAUCCUGCAGCACAAUGGACGUAGCAGUGGCAGCCCCAGUUUACGAGCCAGCAACAUGAUGAUGCGUAAGAGGCGACCCAACUGGAUCGAUGCCCCAGAUGACAGCUUUUUCCUUGUUUCCCGAGAAACCAGUGCUGUAGCUGUUAGACAUCUGCUCAUGGUAAGACCUUGGCCCAUUACUGCAUCCACACCAACACAUGCACACACACAUACAUACACACACAACACACACCACACACACUGCAUUAGAUUACAGAAUACAAAACAAUUAUGCUAUAGACUGAACAUUGGCAAAACAGAAUGGUUACCUUUCCCACAUAGUGUCUGCUGUUGAUGAACUUUGCAUUGAUUUGCCUAUUUAUUAGUUACUUUGAGCAGCUUGGCUGUAAAAAAUUUUUUGUCAUCUUAUUGAUAGUACUUUUUUUUCUAACGUGGUCCCUAGAGCAGUUUAGGUCUACUAUUAGUUGGAAUAGGGAGGAAGCUGGAG